AUGUACAUAGCACGAACAGCUCUGCGGGGCGCGGGGCCACCUCUGCGUGCCCGCGCAGCGUACCAGCCCAUCAGGGGCAUUGCGAGCACGUCCUCGCUCCUGCUCCGACGAGAUGGUGAUGAACCACGAGGGAGCGUCCGUGGUAACCGCGGACGGUAUCGCGGCGAGGGCAUGCCGGGGCAGCACCCACAGUUCGGAGGACCGUUCGGCGGCAUGCCUGGCUUCGGAGGGAUGGGCGCUAUGCCUGGCUACGGCCAAGGCGUGCGGUACGAGCCGCAGGUGGUCGUGCCCGACGACCCGAAUGGAGUGCUGAACAACUCGCACGCAGCAGCCAGCAUCCUCGCUCACCCAUCACUCGUUGUCGUGCGCCAGCUCGAAAUGAUGAAUGUCUUCCUCGGCUACGAGCAAGCAAACAAGUACGCAAUCUACGAGCCUGGAGGGAGUGUGGUCGGAUACAUGGCGGAGGAAGACAACAGCAUGGCCAAGAUGUUCAUGCGCCAGUUCAUGCACACGCACCGUCCGUUCAAAAGUACCGUCAUGGAUGCCUCGGGACGGCCUGUUCUCUGGGAAGGCGAGGACUCCCCAAUCGUGGGCGAGACGAAACAGAUCUGGCACCCCUGGCGCAGAAAGUACGACCUGUUCACGCACGAAGUGCCAGCCGAUGGCGAGGAGGACGUGUACACGCAGUUCGCGCGCAUCAACGGCGGAUUCCUCACCUGGGACUUCUGGCUGAAGGACCGACACGACCGGCUCAUGGCCACGAUCAGCAAGAACUUUACGGGCUUUGGGCGUGAAAUCUUCACCGACACGGGACAGUAUGUCAUCCGCUUCGAUGCGGCGGGUACCGAGCUCGACCUCCCGCCCGGAGCGCACGCGCAAGCGCAGGGCCAGUCCGUCAUCAUGCCCCAGGGCGACAUUGGCCUAACGCUUGAUCAGCGUGCCAUGACGCUCGCGACGGCGGUUAGCAUCGACUUCGACUACUUCUCACGCCACUCCGGCGGUGGCGGCAUGGGUCUUCCCUUCUUCAUCUGGGGUGGCGGCGACGGCUCGUCCGAGCAGCGCGGUGAGCGCCGCCCCGAGGGUCAAGGACCAGGCUACGGCGACAACGAGGGUACUGCUGCCGGAGCAGCUGGUGCCGCUGGAGCUGCUGGUGCGGCCGGCGCAGGCGGCUUCGAGCAGUACCCCGCCGAAGGCAGUCCGGAGGAGGACGAGCUGAUCUACGGCCGCCGUCGCCCCGAGCAGCAGCAGGAUUCGUACCCGGGCUCAUACCAGGGUCGCAAUGCGCAGGACUACCCCGAGCAGCCGCCGCAGGACCCGCCCGUUCCCGGUCAGCAGGCUGAGGGCUUUGACUGGCCCGGAUCCCAGGAUUACGGAGACGAGCCGCUCAUGCAGGACCCGUGGGAGAACCAGCCCUCUGACGAUGGAGGGUGGUUCGGCGGCGGCGGCGGGGGUGGAGACGGAGGCGGCUUCUUCGACGGAUGGGGAGACAACUAG